UCCAACAAAGAAAUCUUUCUCAGGGAGUUGAUUUCUAACUCUUCUGAUGCUCUUGACAAGAUCAGAUACGAGUCUUUGACUGACCCGUCCAAACUAGACAGUGGCAAGGACUUAUACAUCAAGAUCAUCCCCAACAAGGAGGAUAACACAUUGACCAUUAUUGACACUGGUAUCGGCAUGACCAAGGCUGAUAUGGUCAACAACCUGGGUACCAUUGCUAAGUCUGGUACUAAAGCUUUCAUGGAAGCUCUGCAGUCUGGUGCUGAUAUUUCCAUGAUUGGUCAGUUUGGUGUCGGUUUCUAUUCUGCUUACUUGGUUGCCGACAAAGUGAUUGUUGAAUCUAAACAUAAUGAUGACGAGCAGCACACCUGGGAGUCGUCUGCUGGUGGUACUUUCACCAUUAAAACCUCAACCAGUGAACAACUUGGCCGUGGUACCAAGAUCACUCUGUACCUGAAAGAAGACCAGGCUGAAUACUUGGAAGAGAAACGUAUCAAAGAAGUGGUGAAGAAACACAGUCAGUUCAUUGGUUAUCCCAUCAAACUGCUUGUUGAGAAGGAACGUAGCAAGGAAGUGUCUGAUGAUGAAGAGGAAGAAGAAAAGAAAGAAGACAAAGAAGAGGAGGGUGAAGACAAGAUUAAGAUUGAAGAUGUAGAAGAUGAAGAGACGUCAAAAGGCAAGAAAAAGAAGAGCAUCAAAGAAAAAUACUUUGAAGAUGAAGAAUUGAACAAAACUAAACCCAUCUGGAGUAGGAACCCUGAUGAUAUUAAAAAUGAAGAGUAUGGGGAAUUCUACAAGUCGUUGACCAACGAUUGGGAGGAACAUCUUGCUGUUAAGGUGAGUUGAUUCAUUUGGUUGAAACUAUUUUCAUUCAAAUGGCUUUACAUUGAAUGAAUAGAUUGUUUUUAUUU